CAGCAGGUAUGCUGCAGAUAACUACCUGAGGCAGGCGGGGCUUUAUUCCUCUGACAGAGACAACUCCCCGACCUUUGAGACUAGCAGAGGAGCAGAGAAGACUCAUAAAGUUAAGCUUAAGAGCAGGAUGGCCACAAACUUCACUCAGGACACGUUGUUAUAUUUCCUGCAGAGCAGCGGAGGCUCGGUGAAAAACUCGGAUCUGCUUCUGCACUUCAGAAACUUCAUUAGGGACCAUGCGGACCGAAACCACAACCGGGAGCUCUUCAAGAAGUUUGUCAACACCGUGGCCACCGUUAAACAGGUCGACGGCGUCUCUUACGUUAUUCUCAGGAAGAAAUUCAAAGGAUAUGUGCCCGGCGAAGGGGGCUCUUCUAAGCCAUCGAAACUUCCCACCGGGAAAAAUAGCGACCCCUCCCCGGAGAAUGCCAAACUGAGUCCCGCUGGGAGCACAGAAGAGACCUCGGCAGAAACCACAGCUGAGAGAGGUGACAACACCCGCCCCGCCGGGACUAACCGCCAGGAAAACAAUCCUACCUGUGGCUGGGAUCAUGCUCAACAACAACAAUAUCGUGGAAACCAAUUUGAACAAGCAGCAGCAGCUCAGGUGGUGAAUCUGAUCUCAGAGAAAACAGAAGUGAAGACCACCAGGGUGUCUGAGCCUCCUGCCCAAGAUCAGUGGACUAAAGUGGGACAGCACAAAGUGGGAUUUGGGCCUGAGAUUACACCUGUGGUCACUGCAGUCAGUCACCAUGGAGGAAGAAGCCAGCAGGUCCCAGAAACUGUCAGAGGGAGGGAGGCCUGUCUGCAGCCUGAGGGAGGUCUUCAUCAGGAUCCUCCUCUUCAUCACAACAGUCUUCUGCUGCAGACACUCGUCUCGGAGACAUGGGGAGGGUCCUCUCAGACUCCUCGCCGUGUAUCACAGACCCGCCGGCUCCUCCCUCAUGUAUCCUCCUCCUCCUACUCCUCUUAUUCAUCAGAAAGGAAGAUCCCAAAUAUUUACAUCCAGCAGGUAGAAGGGGAACCACCCCCUGGUGGCAGGAGCAUGCAAUCGGGGGUAGGGCAAAAAAGACAAUGGGCUGUGUCGGGGCUAAAACCUGGGUCUGAUUCGGGGGAAACGUCCUCCACCAGACGCAGCCUUCCUUUAGAGGCAGAGCGCUACAUGCCGUCCCCUGACCAAGCUACAGAGGUGGUGCCUCGCCGUGAUGUGCAUGCAGACCGCCAAUACUCGCAGCUUGCAGGUGUCCACUUGGGGCCCAAUCAAAGCCAAGGGCUGUGGCUGUCAUCUAGCGAUAGCAGCAUCUUCUCCCCCUCAUCUCACGCAGGCUUCUCCACCAGCGACCGGAUGCUGUUAAGCUCCCCCAGAGAAUCGGGGUGGAACAGCAGCUAUGAAGAUUUACAGGCAAAAACAGGUGAGACAGGGGUCGGGUCUAAAAUCCAGGAAGUACUCCAGCGACCCCAAGGGAAAAAGUCUGUGACGCAAUGUGCCAACAGUAAAACUACAGGGCAUUGUCAUUCUACAGGCCAUCUCCAUGACAACCAGGAGCCCACAACUAGUUUGUCACCAUUCCAUCACUCGACUGACCAUCUCCACGACGACCAGAACUCUGCAGUCCGUGUGGCGCCCUGGCACCUCUCCACAGGUGAUCUCUAUGACGACCGAGAGGAGGCAGAGUCGAGCGAGGGCUCCACUUCUUCGCAGUUGCGCCCGUCGGUCGCCAGACGGCUCAGCAACCAGCUGAGGAACAGAAUGUGCCGCAGCCUUGGAGCUGAUCUCGACCAGAUCCUCCAGGAGGAGGUGAGGGCGGGGGGAGGAAGUGAGGCGGCCCGGCUGAACCGCCUCCACAUGAUCUCUUCGUCACUCAGCCUACGCUAUAACCUGUCGUCGUCCUCGCUGUCGUCCUGCUCCACGCCACAGAGCGCCCACAGCCUCGCUGACCUGGUGGAGGAUAGAGGAGGUAGGAGCUCUUCUGCUGCCACCCCCUUGUCCACUGCUGACCGUGAAGGCCCCAGCAGGCAGUCAUUGGUUCCUCUGGAGUCCAGGGAGCACGCCUGGCUGGUGAAGGGUGCAGCGGGUGCCUGGCCCGACAUCUACACCCUUUUCAGAGAGGACUCGUCCUUGCUCAACAGACACGACUUCAUCUCUGGCUUCACUGUGCUGCACUGGAUUGCAAAACAUGGUGACCACAGAGUCCUCAACACCUUAUGGUAUGGAGUUCAAAAGGCUGGUUUGACCUUCGACAUGAAUGCCAAGUCAACAUGCGGCCACACGCCUCUCCAUAUUGCUGCCAUGCACGGCAACGGGAACAUAAUGCGGUUGCUGGUUAGCAAGUUCAACGCAGAUGUACAGCUGAGGGACACGGCGGGAAAGAAGCCCUGGCAGUACCUGAGCGGCGCCACGCCACAGGAUGUCUUCCAGCUGCUGGGAGCUCCAUCACAUCCUGCUGGGGGAGAGAAGGGAGGAGUCGGGAGAGAAAACCCCGGCUGCAAACAGCAACAGCAACAGCAUCAGCGCCGUCUGCGGCAUCAUCUCUCCUUCGCUUCCUCGAAAGAUAGGCCUCUGACCAUGUCAGGUACGACGAGAGUCAAAAGGUCGUCGUCCAUCGCUGCGUUCCUCAAACACAAAUCGCUGCAUCGGUUUCACGGACAUCAGUCCGACUCCUCCGUUUAAAAACUCAAUUAAUGGAUUUGCUUGGAUUUGGAACCUGAUUGGUUUACUGACGACUUGACUAAACAACAGUUUGCUGGCCGCUGGUUACAUGAUCACAAGCCGAGUCGAGCCGCAGCCACAGCACCUCCAAGAUCAAAAAGUGGCUGCUGAUCUGCCUCUGACCAUGUACUCAUUCUUGACUUGUGCUUUCACACCUGUAGUCUGGUCAAUUUGGGACCAAGGGAACCAAACUUAACAGGUUAGGUGUGAAAGCCUCUCACUACUGUACCACACAUAACUCUUCUCACCGCCAUUAAAAUAGGCAUUUUAGUGGCCUGUGGUGUAGCUGGUAUUGAUGGUAAAAUCAGUGGCCUAUUGGAUAUGUAGUUAUUUACUGUAAUAUUCCAACACAUACACAUAUAUUAUCAUAUUUAGAAUUGUGUCCCAAUCUCUUCCAGUAUAAGGGCCCAGUCAGACCAGCAUUUACAGUAUAUUCACAGAAUGUCGGACCAAAAUGAAUUUCAGUGGAAUCCCCACAAUCGGUGGAUAAAUAAAUCUGAGCCAUAUUUUCAAUGUUGACACCAAAAUUAGUUUUGUUGACCUGACCAGUCCAAGAGUCCAAAAUGGAGAAAACUAUCAUAUUCGCUGUUCUGCGCAUCAAGUUUUACUAACUAUCCUUGACCUUCACUGGAAUCCCAGAAAUAUAGUCUGUUGGCCCUGUGAGGCGUAUUGUCGUCAGACCGACAACUGAUGGGCUCCGAGAUAAGUAGCAUGUCGACCGUCAGCUCACCACCUACCAAGGAACCACUGUGUCACCAAGCUUCUAGCACCACCUACUUCACAGAGUCUGAACAUGGCACCUAAAGUGGCAAAACCUACCAGUUUGUCAGUGCAGAGCGGUAUGUGACAGUGGAACUUGAGUGACACGUUGUUUAUCAGCGGCAGCACAUCAGUAGCAGCAGACCAACAGUAACAUAUGCCACUAAGAAUUAGCAUAAUGCUACUUGAAACACGGACCAACAAGAAGAUGAACCAGGGCUGCAGCUUCUCUCAAAGCUACAUUUAAUUAAUUGUAGAGCAGCAACUAAUGAUUAUUUUUAUUAUCGAAUAAUCUGCAGACUUUUUAUUUUGAUUAAUUGAUGAUUAAUUGUUUGAUUUAUAAAAUGUCAGAAAAUGGUGAGAAAUGACCAUGCCAGUUUCAUGUCCAAGAUGAUGUCUUUAAAGGUCUUUGUUUGUCAAAAACCCAAAGAUAUUCACUUUAUUAUGAUAAUAAUGAUAUGGAAUUCUCCAUUUUUGCAUUAACAAUUACUUAAACGAUUAAUCGAUUAUCAAAAUAGUUGCGAUUAUCUGUCGAUCAACUUAAGUCGACUAAUCGUUGCAGCUCUAUUUUACUGUGGAUGCACUAAACAGAUUUUAAUGGACCUGGUCUGUCCUCUGUUUGAGCAUGCCCCCUGGCCUGUAACCCACCAAACUCCCAGGAUUACUUUCCAGGAGAUCCAAAGUAACGAGUUUAAAAGAGAAGAAGUUUCUCACGGUGGACUUUUUGAUAUGAACCUUUUGUUCUUGGUACUUUUUUUUCAGCCUCACUGUAGAUCUGUUGCUUCUGCCGCCACACUGUCCAAAGCCUUAUUUAAGAAGUGAUUCAUCCAAAUUACUGCAACAACAGGCAGCACUAGUUUCUGCACCUGAACAAUCGGUUUCACCGGAUAUGAAUGCCAAAUAAAAUUUAGUUUGAAAAAGAGUGCUGGCUCUGAGGCGUGUGGCGGCUGAAAGCGGGACGUGCCAGCACACGCAGAUCGGCAACUGAUCCUGUUUUAAGAGGACAAACAAACAUGAUUAUGAGCAACGUGACAGUCGGCAACAGAGAUGAUGCUGCAGCUUUUUAACACUCAUUACCCACAUCUGCUCUUAAUUGUGUACUUUCCUCAUACUGCUUCCAAAUUAAGCAUUCGUUUUUAGAUCGGUGUGCUUCCUUUUAUGCAGCCUCUAGUUUCACUUUGUUUCUUUGAAAGUUAACUUGCAGUGAAAUUAACUUUAGGGAAUUAGUGGACAAAACAUCAUGAACACCCUGUUUCCUUGUUUCCAGCCUUUGUGCUAAGCUAAGUAUAUUGAGUCGUGUCAAUCUUCUCAUCUAAUCUAACAUUUCUCAAAGUGUCAAACUAUUCCUUUACAUUAGUGAGUACAAUGUUAUUAAUACUGAUAUAAAUGAUUGACAAGAGGCAAGCUGUAAUAAAGUGAAAUGAUCCUUUAAUUUCUGAGCCCUUGUCUGUAUUGGCUCGCACCUUUUAUACAGGAUUUGUAGUUAAAACAUUUAAAACUCCAGUAUUUUCCUUUUAACACUCUCUUUGUAAAGGAUUGCGGUCUAAAGUUUACUGUAAUUUGAUGUUCUACAGUGUGUACAGUAUUUUUCACAUCACUGAGUAUUAAAUGUGUUUCACAGUU